AUGUCCCUUCGCAAUCGGUACAUGUUCUUCACCACCAUCUCCAUGCUCUUCAUCUUCUCCACCCUCUACUACCACCGUCGCAUGCCAAAGCUGGUUUACACUGUCUACGAUAAGGUCAUAGAGAUUCCUGCGACAGCCCUCUCACCACCAACACCACCAACACCACCAACACUACCAGCGCCUCCCCCUCCCGCCGACGCGCCUCCAUCGAAAGCCUCUCCUGUCUCGACAUCUUCGUCUACGCAUACCUUAAUAUACAAACCCCAACCAACCGCAAAGGCCUUCCCAGUUGUGGACAACUUCCCUCUGGCAGCAGCUGCUCAUUCCGCCAAGGAGCUCCCUCCGAUCCCCUCAUGGAACCGCCCGCCUGCAAAGCACGUCCCAGAGAGCACCCCGCUAUUCAUUGGCUUCACCAGAAACUGGAGAUUGCUCCAACAAGUCGUGGUAUCAUAUAUCACAGCCGGAUGGCCGCCCGAAGACAUUUACGUCGUGGAAAAUACGGGGGUAAUGGACUCGAAUGCCAAGGGGCGGCUCUCCUUGCAAAACCCAUUCUUCCUCAAUCACACCCGCCUACACAUGCUCGGCGUCAACGUCCUCAUUACACCCACACUCUUUAGCUUCGCCCAGCUGCAGAACUUCUAUCUCUGGCACUCCAUCCAGUCAGAAUGGGAUCAUUACUUUUGGUCACAUAUGGACGUGGUAGCCCUGUCUUUCGAAGACCAGUACUUCGCCGCGCACGAAAAAUCAGGGGUCUCGAUCCUGCCACCUUCGGACCCAAAGCAUGAUUACUCGGAUUACAUGUCGCUGUAUGCUAACUGCUUGAAGGCUCUACGGGAUGUCACCGCACCGGUACCUGAGACGGGAAAACCAAUUAGGUGGGCGAUGCGUUUCUUCUCCUAUGACAGGUUGGCGCUGGUGAACGUGGCGGCGUUUGUGGAGGUCGGAGGAUGGGAUACCAUGAUUCCAUUUUACGGAACAGAUUGUGAUAUGCAUGCCCGCCUCGAAAUGGCUCACAUGAAUAUCGAAGAAGUCCCCUCAGGCAUGAUCUUCGACGUCGCCUCCUCCCUCUCCGACCUCAUCGUCCUCUACCGUAAAAAGAACACCACAGAAGCCUCAUUCGAGGACCCAAAUGUCAUCGAAAAGGAGCUCGCUUUCGAGGCGGAACUAACGCACAAAAAGACGCCUAUUAGAUCACCCUCUGGCGCUGUACCUAUUAUUGAGCGUGAUUCUCUCAAAACACCAUCGUCUGAAGCUGAGACUCUGACACCCCCCGACGUCGAAACCCAGGCAAAAGAUGAUACCUCCACCGAAGCAUGGCUCGAAUACGCAGCCGGCGCACUCCAUCUCAAACCUUCCAACAAUGCGGAUGCCAAGAAGUGGGAAGAAGACGAAAUACACUCCCCGUCGCUGAUACACCUAAUUGAAGUCCUGGACGCUAUGCAGCGCUCUAAAGGCGAGUCUAGCCGCGGCCGCAACACCUGGCAAGCGCGGCAGACUGGCGGCGAAGGCGAACCGUUCUACAGAGACAGUGCCGGGUUCGAGCAGGCAAUCUGGCUCACGAUCGAGCAUGGACGGAACGUGUUUCGCGAGAAGUGGGGACAUCGGGAUUGUGAUAUUGUCGCAAUGGGAUUGACGCCUAGCGAUGCGUGGAGGGUGGAGCACGAUUGGAAGUCCUAG